CUUCAGAAAAUCAGAACUUUAACGAAUUUUAAAAAAAUAAAUAAUAUUUAAGAUCGUGUUAGAGGUAUUCCCUCGCGAAAUCAAGCAGUGAAAGUGCUCUAAGAAAUUAAUUUAUAGAAAAUAUAUAAAGAAAAGGUUACCUAAUGCCACGCAAAAAGCGCGCCUCCAGUCCCCUAGAUCUGUACGACGAUGACUUUGACGAGGAUGCCAGCUCACACAGUUCCCAGCCGCCGGUGCAACGGAAUGCGGCAAAUGCCCGGGAACGUAUGCGCAUGCGGGUGCUAUCCAGCGCCUAUGGACGUCUGAAGACUAAGUUGCCCAACAUUCCGCCGGACACAAAGCUAUCCAAGCUGGACACACUGCGCCUGGCCACGCUCUACAUCAAGCAGCUAAUCAAUGCCGUCGAGACGGGCAGCGGCAGUGCCAAUGCCAAUCCAACGCACUCCGGCGCAUCCCUAGCCGCUGUGCUGGACACGCGGAAUCAUGCGACGGAUUGCGGCAACGAUGCCGGCGGCGCCGUAGCGACGACAACUUUCAAUUUCCACAAUGCUGGACAACUCGGCAUGCUAAUCAACGAAAUACUCUUUAUCUGUGCGGUUAGCCCUAAUCACAGCCAUGCCUUGCAACAAUCCUUUAUCGACUUGGGCUUUAAAGCAUUAGGUUUUCCCAAGUUAACUCAUCAUAUUCGCUUAUUAAUUUCACAGAGCUGGCCCUUUGAGUUUCAUCAACAUUUGCAACAUGGCCACAAUCGCAACAACAAUUCCAACCUGACAUUCACCUCGGCGCGCAUGGAUUGGCAGAAUUCUCAAACGCAAUCCUAUCCGAAGGCGCCACGACAUGAGGCUCAUAUGGCUACCGAUGUUAACUAUACACAGCUUCAGGAUGCACAUUGGUAUCCAACGGAUAUGGGCCUGCAAUUGGAGCAGUCACGUGGUGGCAAUGGCUGCUGUGCCUAUGAAUCGGCUGGUCUUGGACAGCAUCAGCGCGGCAUUACAAUAUCAACUAGUCAGGCGCAUAGCCUCUAGUGGGGUGCAUAUCUUGCAUUUACUUUAACUGUCGUUCUAACUGAAAUCGUAUUAAAACGUGAUUUUAUUCUUUUCGUCAUUGUA